GUGUGUGGAAUAAGCCUUGCUCCCAGAGCCUGGGACUUAAAGCACAGAAACGCGGGCGAGUUUGCUGCCAGAGUAGCAGUCAAUAAUAAUAAUAAUAAAAACCUUUACAAUCCAAGCCACCGCUUAUACCAUGGGCUUCAAGCUCAGCAACGCUGUCUGGAUUAUCGGCUGCUGCAUUUCUGUACUCAGCACCAUUCUCACGCAUCUGACGCAGGCUGCAAGAGAAGUUAUUUUACUGGAUUCCAAAGUGCAGCAGACGGAGCUGGAAUGGAUCUCUUUUCCUGCCGACGGGUGGGAAGAGAUCAGUGGAGUAGACGAGAAUUACAUCCCCAUUCGCACAUAUCAGGUGUGCCGAGUUAUGGAGCCUAACCAGAACAACUGGCUGAGAACUAACUGGAUUGCAAGAGGCAAUGCCCAGAGGAUAUUUGUGGAAAUGAAGUUUACCCUGAGGGAUUGUAACAGCAUUCCAGGAGUCUUGGGGACAUGCAAAGAGACGUUUAACCUGUAUUACUUUGAGAGCGAUUCGGAUGCAGGCCGGAACAUUAAGGAGUCGCAGUACCUCAAAAUAGACACCAUCGCAGCCGAUGAAAGUUUUACUCAAGGAGACCUCGGAGAGCGUGUCAUGAAGCUCAACACUGAGCUGCGGGAGAUCGGGCCCCUCUCGAGAAAGGGAUUCUACUUGGCUUUCCAGGAUGUGGGAGCCUGCAUUGCCCUGGUGUCCGUCCGCGUUUACUACAAGAAGUGCUGGUCGAUCGUGGAGAACCUGGCGGUUUUCCCCGACACGGUGACGGGAUCCGAAUUCUCGUCCCUGGUGGAGGUGCACGGCGCCUGCGUCAGCGACGCGGAAGAGGAGGCAGAAAAUCCUCCCAGGAUGCACUGCAGUGCCGAGGGCGAGUGGCUGGUGCCAAUCGGCAAGUGCGUCUGCAAAGCGGGAUUUCAGCAGAAGGGUGAUGAGUGUGAUGCUUGCAGGUGGGGAUUCUAUAAAUCAUCGUCACUGGACUAUCAGUGUGCUCGCUGUCCAGCUCACAGCCACACAAUCCGGGAAGGCUCCUCGCGAUGUGAAUGUGAGGAUGGAUACUACCGAGCCCUUACGGAUCCUCCUUCUGUUCCUUGUACAAGACCUCCUUCUGCACCACAAAAUCUCAUUUAUAACAUAAAUCAGACCACGGUGAAUCUCGAGUGGGGCCCACCAGCAGACACCGGAGGGCGGGACGAUGUCACCUACAGGAUAAUGUGUAAACGGUGCAGCUGGGAGCAGGGCGAGUGUAUGCCCUGUGGCAGCGGAAUUGGCUUCAUGCCUCAGCAGACGGGACUAGCAGAUACAUACGUGACCGUUGUAGACCUACUGGCCCACGCUAACUAUACGUUCGAGGUCGAAGCCGUGAAUGGCGUCUCGGAGCUGAGCCGCACCCAGAGAUUGUUUGCAGCCGUCAGCAUCACCACAAGUCAAGCAGCCCCCUCACAGGUUAGUGGUGUAAUGAAGGAUAGUGUGCAGCAGAGGACUGUCAAUCUCUCCUGGAAGGAACCGGAGCAUCCCAAUGGAGUCAUCACUGAAUAUGAGAUCAAGUACUAUGAGAAGAAUCUAAAAGAUCGCACUUACUCCACCGUAAAAUCUACCUCAACCUCAACCACCAUCAAUAACUUGAAACCAGGCACAGCCUAUAUAUUCCAGAUCCGCGCCUUUACCACUGCAGGUUAUGGAAACUACAGCCCCAGGCUAGAAGUCUUAACCCUAGAAGAGACGACAGCCACUGCUGCUUCCACUGAACAAAAUCCUGUCAUCAUCAUCGCUGUCGUCGCGGUGGCAGGGACCAUCAUCCUGGUCUUCAUGGUCUUUGGCUUCAUUAUUGGACGAAGGUAUGGAACUAAGGAACAUGCCGAGCUGGGUCACGCAGCUGAGGGACACUGUGGCUACAGCAAAGCUGAACAGGAAGGGGAUGAGGAGCUCUAUUUCCACUUUAAAUUACCAGGUUCAAGAACGUACAUCGAUCCAGAAACAUACGAGGACCCGAACCGGGCUGUCCAUCAGUUUGCCAAGGAAUUAGAUGCUUCCUGCAUUAAGAUUGAAAGAGUGAUCGGAGCAGGAGAGUUUGGAGAAGUCUGCAGCGGUCGCCUGAAACUACCUGGGAAAAGGGACGUGCCAGUCGCUAUUAAAACACUGAAAGUAGGCUUCACCGAGAAACAAAGAAGAGACUUCCUCUGUGAAGCAAGCAUCAUGGGACAGUUUGAUCACCCCAAUGUCGUCCACUUGGAAGGAGUUGUUACCAGGGGUAAACCAAUUAUGAUCGUAAUCGAAUACAUGGAGAACGGAGCAUUGGAUGCAUUUCUCCGGAAGCAUGAUGGCCAGUUCACCGUGAUUCAGCUGGUUGGAAUGAUGCGUGGGAUUGCAGCUGGGAUGAGGUACCUCGCCGACAUGGGAUAUGUGCACAGAGACCUGGCAGCACGGAACAUUCUGGUCAAUAGCAAUCUUGUCUGCAAAGUUUCUGACUUUGGGCUCUCGAGGAUUGUGGAAGAUGACCCAGAGGCUGUCUACACCACAACAGGUGGUAAAAUUCCAGUACGGUGGACUGCCCCUGAGGCCAUUCAGUACCGCAAGUUUACAUCAGCCAGUGACGUUUGGAGUUAUGGAAUAGUGAUGUGGGAAGUCAUGUCCUAUGGAGAGCGACCUUACUGGGACAUGUCCAAUCAGGACGUUAUAAAGGCUAUCGAGGAGGGUUACCGUCUCCCUGCUCCCAUGGACUGUCCACCUGGUCUUCACCAAUUGAUGCUCGACUGCUGGCAACAAGAACGCAGUGAGAGACCCAAGUUUGACCAGAUAGUCGGCAUCCUGGACAAAAUGAUCCGGAAUCCAAACAGUCUGAAGGUUCCUGUGGGGACUUGCAGUAGACCAAUCAAUCCACUUCUCGAUCAGAAUACCCUCGACUUCACAUCCUUCCGUGGUGUAGGCGAUUGGCUUGAGGCUAUCAAGAUGGAGCGAUACAAGGAUAACUUCACAGCCGCAGGGUACAGCACGCUGGAGUCAGUGGCAAGGAUGACCAUUGAGGACGUGAUGAGCUUGGGGAUCACGUUGGUUGGCCACCAGAAGAAAGUAAUGAGCAGCAUUCAGACUAUGAGAGCCCAGAUGAUGCAAAUGCACGGCACAGGAAUUCAGGUGUAAUGGACCUUAUCUCCCCAUGAGCAAAAGGGAACGGACCUGGGGGGGGGUGAAGAUACCAUCUGCUGCUCGUACUGUCAGUACUCAGCACUCUUCUAAAUUUCUUUCUGAGACGGAUCAGAGAUUCAGGGGAAGGUGUGCAACGAUGUUCCUCCAAGUCGCUGAAAGAACAACGAGGUCCUUUAACAGCAAGGGCGACUGGAACAUGCGCAUUAUGAAGAAACUACUACCUGUAACGUUUAGGACUUUACACCGAAAAAAAGCAUACAAAAAAAAACACAAAACUUCAAGAGUUCUAACCUCCUUUUUUGUCUACUGGGCUUUUAAAAAAUGUACAUAUCAAUUUAUGUAGACUAUAUUUGUCAAAGACACUCCUUAUAUUAUGGUUUACCUAUUAAAUUGUUUUCAAGA